AUGCACCCUAUUGGACUGCGUCACUUCCACGAACUGGUCCCGCUUCCCCAGUUCGAAGAGGAGAAUUCCGGCUUCUAUUUCUUCUUAGCGCAAAUCAGCCUAAGAAAGUUCUUGACACAGACGCUUGAAGUGGUUGGAUACUUUACAGGGAAGGUCAUAUUUGCACCUGUAGUCAUUGGCGAGCUCCGUAAACAAGUACGAGAAUGGUACGAUCAUCUACCUUUGGUCGUCCGGUUUCCCUUAGAUUCGACGCCGUUAUUUGACUCUAGGAAAUCUUUCCUAAGGGUUCAGUACAUCGCUUUACACGUAGUACUUGGCUGGCCAUCAGUGCUCAAGAUACUCGAGAACAGUGAAGAAGAGACAGGCGUUCAAGACCACGAAACGAUAGUGGUCACAAGGGACCACGCGCGACACUGCAUAAAGAGUACAGCCUUGGUUCUAAGUAUAGCAGACGAGCAACUCAUGGGAAGAAAGAUGGGAACACACUUCACACUAUAUCCGACGUUUGCGUGCUUCGCAACUCUCCUUAUUGCUUUCAACCAUCCAGCUCUCGCUUUCAUCGAAGAAACCAAGCAGGAGCAGCAUAUCCGGAACGGAUACGAGGUACUGCGACCAUGGGCCCAUCUUCCCCUCGUCCGACGGGGACUUGAACGGGCACGCAUCUUAAUGCAGCAGAACAAUCUCGCACACAUAUUCCACGCAUACGCGGAUGAACUACCUCAACAUUUGUCUGGUAUCAGUCCACAAAUAGCAACGAAUCGUGACUGGAGAUCUCCGCAUACCGGAUUCAUGAAGCAAUGA